AUGAUUGACGAUGAUGAUGUUGAGGAUGAUGGUGGUGAUGAAGUUGUUGAUGAUGAUGAUGAUGUUCAUGAUGACGAUGAUGAUUCUUAUGAUGUUUAUGCUGAUGAUCACGAUGAUGAUGAUGAUGACGAUGAUGAUGAUGAUGACGAUCAUGAUUGGGAUGAUGAUGAUGAUGAUGAUGGUGAUGAUGAUAAUGAUGAUGAUGAUGAUGAUGAUUCG